AUGGGGCGUACGAUCGACCAGGACGUCCACGCGGCUUUUGUCGAGUUCAAGGCCAAAGAGGACGACAAGUGCAUGUCGGUGCAAUGCAUCUACUGCCAACAGAUCCGCGCAAAGAACACGUCUCGCCAGAAGCAGCAUCUCCUCGAGUGUCCUGGCCUCCAGAACAACCCCAAUGCCCCUCGACCCGAACCAUCUCCUGAUGAUCGCAUCGGCGCCGUCAAUGGAUUCCGCACGCCCUCCGUCUCGCAUACAUCCAAUGCCCCCUUGAGCAACGGCAUACCCUCCGGCAGCACGCCCAUCCAAGGAUUGACCAACGGCACCUCGAUGCCCCCGCAAGGUGCCAACACAACCCCAACCCAGCGACAACCACCGAAGCCAAACAAGACACCAAAGACCACACCGGGAUCCAGCCUCCCUGCACCACCUCUCGACGAUGUCCAUGCUGCGUUCGUCGAGUUCCGGGCCAAAGAGGAGGACAAGUGCUUGUCUGUGCAAUGCAUCUAUUGCAACCAGAUCAGAGCCAAGAACACAUCGAGGCAACGCCAGCAUCUUCUCGAGUGUGCGACAUACCAGAAUGUCAUGAAGGAGUCCAUACCUGCAAACAACUUGCUUCACAGAUUUGAUGAAGGUGAUGUUGCGCGUUCGCUGGCGUUGCCGACUCCAACGCUCGAGCUGGAUUUCCGCAUGAGCAUCAAGGUCAAUCCCAAGAUCGGUGUGGGGUCAGGCUUAUUCGGCCACCGCGACUGGGUUAGUAUCGUAGGCGGGCAGUGGGCGGGACGAUGGGGGAAAGGAAUUGUCAUUCCCGGCGGACAAGACAGCCAACUCGUGGUGAAAGACCUCGCAACACACAGCAAUGCCAGUUAUCUUCUUCAGACCAACGAUGAUCCUCCCGCGUACAUCACCGCAAGACACAAAGGCUGGCGUAGUGGCCCGAAAGAGGUCCUCGAACGACUGAAUGACCCUACAGUGGCGGACACGGUGCCAGCUAAUCAGUACAAGUUUCGCGUGACGGUCGAAUUCGAGACGGGUGAUGAGAGGUAUGCCUUUCUGAACACCUGUCUAUGGAUGGCGAGUGGAAGUCGAAGAACCGGCGAAAUAAUCUACGACGCGUAUCGAGUCGGCUAG